AUGACGAAACUUUCUGAAACUACUGAUACUAUUGUUUUAAAUUAUGAAACAUAUCCAAGCACUUUCACAGCCUAUCCCGAUACUCUACUAGGCACAAUGUUUCAAGAACGCAACAAAGAGCUACAAAAACCCACAAAAGACAACGAAUACUUCUUUGACCGCAAUGCACGCACAUUCCACUACAUCAUGGAAUUCUACCGCACAGGCCGCUUCCUAUGGAAUGAAACUUCAACACCGCACGUAACACGCGAAGAGAUAGAAAUCGAAUUCGACUACUUUCAAAUCCCGCAUCCGGUUCUGGAUCACAUUGAAAACAACCCAGCAACAAUCGAAGAUGCCGCGAAACUAGUGGAAGAUUUCACCGAGAUGAUGAAAAGCGUGAUCGAGGAACUUCGUAAAAAUUUCCGCACGAAAAUUUGUAUCACAUUCCCGUUUUUGAAGUUGGAAUUUUUUGCGAUCGAGCCGAAUUUCGGGAGGACAAGGUCUUUGGUGGAGCCGUUUGUGCAUACGGGGUGUCCGAUUACGAGUCGAUUCGGGGAUAUUAUCAAACAUAAUCUUCAGUUGGAGUUUCAUGGUUUAGAAUGUCAUACUAGCGUUGAGACGAUCGAGAAUGAGAUUCUUGUGUAUCAGUGGAAGAUUAUUGCUCCUUUUGCUUUUAAGGCUACCGAGAUUCUGGCAAAAACUAAUUUGAAGGAUCCGAAUGCUAAGGAAUUUUAG